AUGUCCUAUGGCAGAACUGCGUACGUCGUCGAGGCCGAUACAGAGCUGUUUUCAAUGCCGCAAGCGCAAGAUAAAAUGUUCGUCGCAAUUUCGAGUAAUCGGGCGUACCCCUGCGCUCCAUGUAUGUUACGAGGGGAGGGGGGUCAAUGCAGGGAAGUAGACCGGAGUGCUGUUGCGUCAGGCAAGACUGCAACGGAAACGCUUGACGACGUCCUCAGCCGCUUAGCCGUUCUUGAGCAGAACGUUUCUAAGCUCGUCUCCGCUGGCACUCACGAGAAGGCAAAAGAGAAGGUGAAGGUAAAGGACAAGGAGAAAGUCCGCUCAGCCAUCCGGUCAUCAUUUGGCGUGACUUCGACAGACGAAGAUGUCGCGAUGAUGUUGGAAGAUUUUGCUAUGGGACACCGCGUGAACCGUAACAGGGCCACGCAGGAUUUUGACACGACGAAUAAUAACGAGGACCCGUAUUCGUCUGCUGGCCCGUCUGGUGGACACCCUUUGCUCCUUCUGUUGGAUCCUAGUGUCAACGUAAUAGCAAGGCUUGUAGCGUUGCUUCCUGACGAGAUGAGGAGCCGCGCAUUAGUGCAAUUUUACUUCGAGAGACUGGAAUGGUAUUCAAAAGUUUUACACGCACCGACGUUUAUUAGUGAGCUGAAUGUCCUCCUGAUGCAAAAAUCCAAGCGAAAGUCUAGGAAUGAACCGUAUGUUUGCGAGCGUAUUGCCAUUGAUUUUUCUACCGCAUCAGAAUUAUCGAAGCGGAUGUAUUCUGCCGCGCAAGCAUGCUUGCAUUACGAUGACUUCUUGGGAGCUCAUUCCCUGGAGCACUUGCAAUGUAUCCUACUUAUGGGCGUGUAUCAACAAAAUCUCGAUGAAGCCGACACACAUUGGGCGUUAUUGGGCUCGGCGAUCAAGAUAGGCCAGAACCUUGGUAUGUCUCGGUUAGGUUCUGAAUCUGACGAGCGGACAUACAGCGCGACAUGGAGAUCUCUAGUCAAGCGAGAGACAGCACGUAGAGUAUGGUGGAGUCUAAUUUUUAAUGACUGGUCGCAUGCGGCAGCGCACAAUGGUACAUAUGCUAUACACCCUUCGCAGAACCAUACGGGGUGGCCAGCCAAUGUGAACGAUGGAGAUCUCAUUGACGACGGUCGACCGCUACGUUCUCGACCUACGGAAGAAUACACAGAAAUGACGUUCUCCCUUACACGUCUACGGUUCGUAGUUUUGUUGGAAGAGAUGGAUAAGCGGCUGGAAGAAAUGUUAAAAGGUGUCCCCGAGCAUUUCAUAACUGAAAACAAAAGUCCGGCGGUUGAUGAGGGAGUGAAAGAGCUCGAGUUGACGUUGAGCUUGAUCAUGGGUGAGACGAGGCGGUUGAGGCUGCAUAGGCCAUAUCUAUUCAGAGGGUAUAAAGAUCGGAAAUACGUAAAAUCCCGUGAACAAUGCAUAGCAUCUACUCAAGCGAUAUUGGACCAUCUUAAAUCCGAUGACGAGCAGUCAGCUAUCUUGCUCAAGUGGUGGAUUGUGCUAUUUUAUGGUUUCGCUGCCGCGGUGGUUCUGUUCAUUGACCUAUGCCAUCAGAAAGCAGCUGACGAUGGACGGUGUCUGGAUCAGCGCAGGGCGGAACUUCGGCAGGCACUAGAUCUUUUCAAGACUGCAGAGCAUAUAUCCGUGGUCUCGAGGAAUGCCAUCGCGUUAUUGGAGGGUCUAUUGAGUAAGGUUUCCUUCUUCACUCCACCGCUUCUUGAUGUUGAUUGCUUUCCCAUCCUAGCUGCCGAACCAGAACUCCCGUCAAAACCUUCAAGGAAACGAGGGCGUGAUAGGACAGACGAUGAGAGCGAUGGGGAACCUUUUGAGCGCAUCGUGAAGCGGAUGAUUAUAGAUGCAUCGAAAAACUCAAGUAGUCCAGGGUCUGUGUCCGCCGGUUCUAGGUUCUAUUACAAGUUGUAUCCUGAUCUCACAUUGGAUGGGCCAGGUUUUGGAUUUGGGGAGACGACUAUGGCAGAGCUUGCAGGACUGCUGUACUCAGAUUAUGGGUGGGCGAUGGACGGAUUUGGUGUACAUUAUCAAUGA